AGAAACCCUAGGCUGGGCUUUCGGCCGUCGAUAUAAGAUGGGCGACAUGGGUGUCGUUGAAACCCCGUUGAUUCUCUCGGCUGCCGGCUCUCCGCUCUUGGCGCUUCGGUCUGUCUUCUCGAGAGCGUCAUCCGCCAUCAUGGUUAAGGAAAAGGUACACAUAAACAUUGUGGUCAUAGGCCAUGUCGACUCUGGGAAGUCAACCACCACCGGCCAUCUCAUUUACAAGUUGGGCGGCAUUGACAAGCGUGUAAUUGAAAGGUUUGAAAAGGAGGCAGCAGAAAUGAACAAGAGGUCAUUCAAGUAUGCUUGGGUUCUUGAUAAGCUUUAGGCUGAGCGGGAGCGUGGUAUCACCAUCGAUAUUGCACUUUGGAAGUUUGAGACCACAAAAUACUACUGUACAGUGAUUGAUGCUCCUGGGCAUCGUGACUUUAUCAAGAACAUGAUCACAGGAACCUCUCAGACUGACUGUGCUUUUCUCAUUAUAGAUUCUACUACAGGUGGUUUUGAGGCAGGUAUUUCAAAGGAUGGUCAGACAAGGGAACAUGCCCUUCUUGCAUUCACUCUUGGUGUCAAACAGAUGAUUUGCUGCUGCAAUAAGAUGGAUGCCACCACACCAAAGUACUCCAAGGCUAGAUAUGAUGAGAUUGUGAAGGAGGCUUCACAUCACAGGUUAUUAUCAUGAACCAUCCCGGUCAGAUCGGUAAUGGAUAUGCACCUGUGCUUGACUGCCACACCUCCCACAUUGCUGUUAAGUUUGCUGAGCUUCUCACCAAGAUCGAUAGGCGGUCCGGUAAGGAACUUGAGAAGGAACCAAAGUUCUUAAAGAAUGGUGAUGCUGGUUUUGUCAAGAUGAUUCCCACCAAGCCCAUGGUCGUCGAAACCUUCUCCGAGUACCCACCCCUCGGUCGUUUUGCUGUGAGGGACAUGAGGCAAACGGUGGCCGUGGGUGUUAUCAAGGCAGUUGAGAAGAAGGAUCCUACUGGUGCCAAGAUCACCAAAGCUCCUGCCAAGAAGAAAUGAGUUAUGACAUCAAAGUGCGUUGUCGUGGUGGAAUGUAGUUUCAAAUUUUCCUUUGAAUAGAUAUUAGUGUCAGGUCUUUUUUUGUAGUGUAGUGUUUGAAGUGUAAUCUGGACAAUUUGAUCAUUUGAUUUUGAGUCGGACAUGUUGAUUAAUAUUUUGACAGACAGUUGUUGCAUUAAUGGAUCGUAUCGUUUGUUUAA